AUGGAUAGAUUUGAUAGUGCAGUUGCAUUUGCUUUACAAAAAAAUGGAUAUAGUGAAUUAAGAGAAAAUCAAAGGGCAGUAAUUGAACAGUAUGUGAAUGGAAAUGAUGCAUUAUUAUGUUCUCCCACAGGAAGUGGAAAAAGCUUAAUAUUUGAGAUGGCUCCAUUCAUGUUUCAAUACAUGGAGAACAAAGAUAAAGAAUGCACAUGUUUAGUUGUUUCACCAUUAACUGCCCUUAUGAAUGCACAGGUGGAAAAGUUGACAAAGAAAAACAUCAAAGCAAUCUAUUUCAAAGAUAAUGAACAAAAAGGAAGGCAUGUUUAUUAUGACAUUGAGAAUGGACAAUAUGAGCUCAUAUUUGCAAGUCCUGAGACAAUAUUGCUACACAGUCGUGCACUGGUCACAUCACUUUCUAAAAAGAGGUUUUUGAAAGUCAUAUUUAUUGAUGAAGCCCACUGCAUCAAGAAGUUUGGUAAAGGCGACAAACAAGAAAACAGAAUGCUUACAGGCCAUUUUAUGGCUGUUUGGAUGAAUUGA